AUGAUACGACAAUUACUCCUGCUGCUCUUCGGCAUAUUCACCUUAGAGGCCAGCCAGGAUACACGGGUACUUAUUGUGGGAGCGCCGGACUAUGCAGUGGCAAAAUGGGAUCUGGUCGAUGGAUUCUUCCCCCAUAGCGACAUCGAAAAGAGGGGUGAAGACCAUAUGUGGAGAAAAUGGGGCUGCGACGAUAUUUUGGAAAAUUCCGACAUAUUCAGCCCGAAAAACUGCAGCUGCUUAGCCGUAUCCAAGUUGGGAGUUGAUGAAAUGAGCUUGGAUGAAAUUGGCGAUCUCUACGAACUAAUGGCAUCACCCGAUGGGCUUGUGGUUGUUGAACUGGGCCGAUCCACGGUCCAAUUACGGGCCCUGAUCUCGAAACUAUCGGGUUGUUGGGGUGUCGGAGAGUCAGACAUCGCCACCCCAAACACUGUCUAUCUUUGUGGAAAGUCUCUACAGGUGCACCCCAAUCACCUUCCAGCUAUUGGAAUCUUCAACGUAAAGAAUGUCGACGAAUUCAGCAAGCCCACCACUGCGUCUACCGAGAUUACCUUCUGGCCAUGCAUUUUUGCUUCCGCGGCAUCCGCCGAUAAAAAGCAGAAAACGGAGCCAAUCGAGGUUCGGGAGGAAGCUAUGGAAGACAACGGGGAUGAUAAGAAAAUCGAGGCUAAUACGCCAAAAGACACUGGCAAGAAGCUCAGCUGCAAAUAUCGAAAGUCCUGUUACGAAAGCGGUGCACUGCCAGAAAUCGAGGACGGAUGGGAUUGGUCAUGGACUAGUAAUGGUGCUGAAACCACGUCAAAUCAGAAAUUCGACGAAUCUGAUGAGGACGACAGCGUAGUAGCCCAAAAAUUGAAAUGCAAAUACAGAAAAGCCUGCUACGAAGAAAAGGGGAUCGAUUUUUCAAAAAAGGAUACCGAGGAUGACGAGAAAUUGAGCUUCUUCAGUGGUAAAUUGGCAGCACCCAGUGGUCAUAAAAGGACGGUCAAGGAGAUCGCCGAGAAGACACUACAGAAAGUCAAGGAAAAGGACGAAGAGGCCAAGACUCGAGAGUUGCCCAAUAGCCUUAAAGUAGAGCGGCGACUAGAAGCCAUUGAUAAAGAAAACAAUCGAAGACUGUCGUGUAAGUACAGAAAGUCUUGCUACGACACUGGAGAAUUACCCGAAAUUGAACAAUCAUUAUGGGGUCUACCGGAUGUGACCGCAUACUUUGGCGCAGAAAGAGAAGAAGCUGAUGAAACCGAACCGAACCUAGACGACUUGAGCGAAAGCCAGCGGAAAUUCCGGUGCAAAUAUCGGAAAUCCUGCUUCGAUACGGGAAUUGUCCCGAAGAUCGCCGCAUCGUCUUUAUCGGAUUACGGCCUCAAUUUCAACUUCUUCGAGCCAAGAGAGGAAAGUGGAACGGCUGAAAAGCUUAUCGACGAUCCAAACCAAACUCUGCAGAUGAAAUGCAAAUAUCGCCUAAGCUGCUAUGAUACUGGAAUUCUACCCGACCUGGCGCCACCACAGGAAAAUGCCCAAUCCGCAAAAAGCGAAGAGGACGUAUCCAUCCCUACCAGUGCUGUGGCCCUUAAACAUUUUUGCAAAUAUCGGAAGUCAUGUUACGAGAAGAUAGCAGCGUCAGAUGGGAUCAGUGCUGUCAAAGAAAUCCGAAAAGAGAGGAACAUCGAACGAGCUGUUCCUUCGCGGUUACGAGGACGCCGCGUUCUCGAUGCAGCAGGGCUUCUGAGACGCCAAACCAGGCGGGAGAAGCUCGCAUCCAGACGGGAAGCAAUGCUUUCCAAACGAGCAGUAGAAGCCCAAGUCCAGGAGAGCGAGACCCCAAAACAACAAAGAGAAAAGCUAAUGGCCGAAAAGGUGAAGGUCGAAAAGGAGAUCCAGCAUAAGAGCAAGCGCUAUCAAAAGGAACAAGUCCUAAAAAAGGAGGAGGAUGCACCUCCAGACAACGAGGAACCUAUCCCUGUCCCAGCGCCUGAACCCAAAAAGAAAGAACAAAAGAAGAAAAGCAAGAAAAGCCAGGAAAUGUUGGAUGAAACAACAAUUCCCGUCCCAAUUCCAGAACCGGUUAACGAAAUCGUGGAGGAAGUUGAGCCCGAGAUAAAGCCUAAAAAAACUAGCAAAAAGUCGGCAGAAGCGGAUGUAGCAAAACCACAACUGGAAUCAAAGAAAAAGAAAACGAAAGAAGCAAAACGUGACCCAAACCAAGCCCCUCCGGAAGCUACGGAAAUAAAAACUGCAAAGAAAUCCAAGAAGCUCGAUGAGGUCCCUAAAGAGCCAGAGCCCGAGAUUCAGCGCAACUAUGAGGAAACCAUACAGCACCUGGGACUCAACACAGCUUUAUUUGAGACCCUUGAACAGCAGCGGAUGACCUGCAAAUAUCGGAAAUCAUGCUACACUUCCGGAAAAGUGCCUGAAAUCGACCGCAGCUAUGCCGAUGUCCUAGACGAUUUCAAUAAGCAUGUGGAAAAGCAGUAUGAAACUGGGUUACAGAAACAUUUGAAAGAAGAGGACAAAAAGCUAGCCUGCAAAUAUCGAAAAUCUUGCUAUGAGACUGGAGAGCUACACAUUGUCCAUUCGGAGGCCCCGCGACCAAUCCCGCCCCCAACCGCAUCUUUUUCUGGUGCUUUCUCACCAAAAUUAAAAUGCAAAUAUCGGAAAUCGUGCUACGCCGAGGAAGGCAUUAAUUUCGACGAUGAAAGUGCUAGGCCAAUCCCCCUACAGCAUAAAGAGCAAAAGGUGGAAUCAGUCAUCGAGAAACCCAAAUCCGCUGAAAGGUCAGUGGAGCAGGAGAAGAAGAAGAAAAAGGAAAAGCAUCGGCCCACCACAGCUAAACUGGAAGACAGUGACUAUGACAAUGUCAGCAAAGACGAGAAGUUUAGAUGCAAAUAUCGGAAAUCCUGUUACACUGGAACUGAGCCUCCACCGACGUUAGAAAGAACCCCAAUAACCCCUAUGAAGCAAGCAAGGGUGGCGGCACCUAUCACAACAAGGCCCAGAGCAGCGGGUGAAAAACCACGAGACCAUUGCCACCCGUAUUGGUUCUCUUGCCGUGAAUGGAUGGGACUUCCCCCAAAGGAAAAAGCCCCAAUCGGCCCUAAUGGAAAAAGGUUAUGCCGAAAGAAGAAAGCCGAA